GAUAGCCUAUACAGUAAUGCAAAUUUGUGCAUGUGUGUGCACGCUCUCACACAAACGUAGAGGAAGUAGCAGGCAUUGGUGCACCCCUCUGUAUUAAGCCAGAGCAUAAUUUACAUAAAGAGGAAGCCACAAACAAGUUUGUAUGUGGGAUGGGGGAGUUCAUGAUGUCAUAGAGGGACAGAUCAGGUUUGUGUUCUGCAGGCUGACUGUAAAGACACACUUCUGGACGUGAAAGAGAAGCUCAGCAUCUCCAUCCACCUGCUCCUACGGCUCACACAGUAAUCAUGUACAACAUCGUGGUGGAAAACAUCUACCUGCUGGUCGUCAUCACCCUCAUCAGCGUACUUCAGAACGCUUUCUUUGCUCUAAAGGUAGAGAAGGAGUGCAAUGGUUUGCAAAAAAACCCAGCUGCUUUUGAACGAGUUUCUUGUGCCAAUCGUAACUGCAUGGAUUCUUAUCCCACUUUCCUGGCAGUGAUGUGGUGUGCCGGUCUUUGUCUCAGUCAAGCUCCUGCUGCCUUUGCUGGGAUCAUCUAUCUUGUUGUCAGGCAGAAGUACUUUGUUGGAUACAUGGGACAAACCUGUCAAAGCACCCCAGGCUACCAGUUUGGAAAACGCAUCCUCUUCUUCCUGUUCCUGAUGUGCAUUGUGGGCAUCUUCAACUACCUGCUGGUGCGCUUCUUCAGCAGCGACUAUAAGGAAUACGUGGAAACCAUCACCAGCGCUGCAUCUGCUCUUCUCCUCAUCCCUUAGUGCAGUGUGUCUCACAUAAUGGCAACAACACUUCCCCACAUUUACAUUUAAAACACUGUACUCAUUAGUUGUUUUUUUCAUAAGAACAUUUAUUGUGUUAGGUAAUAAAUAAAUAAUUCGUACAAAAGUCUAAAA